GGCGGGGAUGCCCGGAGUGACCUUCGAGCUCCGGACAGGAAGAUCGAGGGCGUCCUGACCGGCUGGGGCGACGGGCCGGGCGGGAGCGACAGGCGGUCGGCUUGCGGGAAGGCCUGUCCAGGUGCAUAAUGGCAGAACGUGUGUCUCCACUGAAGCACUUUGUGCUGGCAAAGAAGGCCAUCACUGCGAUCUUAGGCCAGUUGCUGGAGUUUGUUACUGAAGGGUCACAGUUUAUUGAAGCAACUUUCAGGAAUCCGGAACUUGAUAGCAUAGCAACUGAGGAUGAUCUAGUGGAAAUACAAGGCUACAGAAACAAGCUUGCCGUCAUUGGGGAGGUGCUGUCGCGGAGACAUUUGAAAGUGGCAGUUUUUGGCAGGAGGAGUAGUGGCAAGAGCUCUGUCAUCAAUGCAAUGCUGUGGGAUAAAGUUCUCCCUAGCGGGAUUGGCCACACAACCAACUGCUUCCUGAGUGUAGAGGGAACCGACGGAGAUAAAGCCUACCUUAUGAACGAAGGGUCAGAUGAAAAGGAAAGUGUGAAGACUGUUAAUCAGCUUGCACAUGCUCUCCAUAUGGACAAAGACUUGAAAGCUGGCUGCCUUGUGCAUGUAUUUUGGCCCAAAGCAAAAUGUGCCCUCCUGAGAGAUGACCUGGUUUUAGUAGACAGCCCAGGAACAGAUGUUACCACAGAGCUGGAUAGCUGGAUUGAUAAGUUCUGCCUCGAUGCUGAUGUCUUUGCUUUGGUUGCAAACUCAGAAUCCACACUGAUGAACACGGAGAAACAUUUUUUCCAUAAGGUGAAUGAGCAGCUCUCCAAACCAAACAUUUUCAUUCUGAACAAUCGUUGGGAUGCUUCUGCCUCAGAGCCGGAAUAUAUGGAGGAUGUGCGCAGACAGCACAUGGAUAGAUGCCUUCACUUCUUGGUAGAAGAGCUCAAAGUUGUGAGUCCUUUGGAAGCUCGGAAUCGGAUCUUUUUUGUUUCAGCCAAGGAAGUUCUCAACUCCCGAAAACAUAAAGCCCAGGGGAUGCCAGAAGGUGGUGGGGCACUGGCCGAAGGAUUUCAGGCAAGAUUACAAGAGUUUCAGAAUUUUGAACAAACUUUGGAGGAGUGUAUCUCGCAGUCAGCAGUGAAAACAAAGUUUGAACAGCACACUGUCAGAGCUAAACAGAUACUAGACACUGUGAAAAACAUAUUGGACUCAGUAAACGUGGCAGCAGCAGAGAAGAGGGUUUAUUCAAUGGAAGAGAGGGAAGACCAAAUUGAUAGACUGGACUUCAUCCGAAACCAGAUGAACCUCCUAACACUAGAGGUUAAGAAGAAAAUCAAGGAGGUCACGGAGGAGGUGGCCAACAAGGUUUCUUGUGCAAUGACAGAUGAAAUUUGUCGACUGUCUGUUUUGGUUGAUGAGUUUUGUUCUGACUUUCAUCCUUCCCCCAGUGUACUGAAAGUGUAUAAGAGUGAAUUAAAUAAGCACAUAGAAGAUGGUAUGGGAAGAAAUUUGGCUGAUCGGUGCUGUGAUAGCUCCGUGGCUGAGGGUGGGACCUCAUGCCCACCUCCACUGUCUACACCAGGAUCCUGCCUGGCUUGA